AUGUCAAUCAAUAAGAAAAUACUCAUCGGCCCAGCAGAAGAAGAAAUUAGAACUAAACUGUCUCAGUCGAGAGAGCCUUUGGAGGUUAUCAAGGCCUUUCAAAAGGAAUAUGGCCUUGAUCUUCCUGGAAUCGAACACAUGUAUCCAUUAUUAGAUCUCUGUGGCUAUAGUCGUUAUGAGAUUCAUAAAGCUUGCUUAGAGGCACUGAAUAAAGAAACAGUUAGAUACAUUGAAAGCCCUUCAUUCCAACUUGAAAAUUUUUAUGACUUGUUCAAGAAAACCUUUCCUUAUAUUCAUAUACCUCUAAUGCAGCCGAUUCCUAUGGCUCUUUUAAAGAAAUUUGAAAGACAUGUAGAAGAAGAUGUGAUUGCAAAGUUGAAAUCAGACAUGAAUAUCUUUGCUAAUUGUCCACUCAACAUCAAGCAGCGCGUCUGGAAGCAAGACGAAGCUUUCUUUCAUCAAAGUAUGCUACCAUUUCUCAAUAACUAUCAUCAUGACGAAGCCUUACAAAAAUUGACUGUCAAUUUGAAACCGGAUAGUUAUCAAGAAGUGAUCGAACAAAGACGGACUCAUCCUAUUGUUCAAAAAUUCAUGGAAGUCAUUGAUGGUGAUCCGGAUAUUUAUAGGAUGUUUAUAAAGAUGAUCAGAAUCGUAUUUGAAACAACACCUUAUCCUACUCUUUGUUCCCUGCGUAUUGACAUAUUGAUGAAUUAUCAUGAUUUAGGCGUAGAGAAGAUUUAUGAUAUGGAUCGGUGUCAUCAAUUGAUCUGGUCUCUGGAUACAUGCGUGCGUAACCAGAACUUGGAUGAAUCAAUCAUCGAAAAGAUUAAAGAAUGCUUUGAUGACGUGAGAAAUGGCACACCACUCUACGCUGACUUUGCUAUGGUUCUCAUGGACCCUAUGAUUUCGAACUUUUUAACAUCAUGUAUCGUCAAAUGGCUAAGAAGUAGCGUGGAUGACAAUACACCUCAGGGUGUAAAUCUAGAAGAACUCAUCGACUAUACCGCCAAAUUGCUGAACCUGGCAGAACAUGCACCCAUGGCUAUUGCAAAUAAUACAAGAAUACCAAGACUAGAUCAAGAGCUAAAAACAUCGCUCUGGACAGUGAUAUGUAGUAUAUUCUUGUCUGAGGAUGCGGACUACAAAGUGCCCAUAAAGGAAUCAGAUUAUACCAUUCUUCAUACUAUGCUUCAACGCAGUGAUAUUGCACGCAAGGUCUUUGUUCAUUACCUUAUCGACCGUGUACAAGAACGAGAUAUAGGCACACUUAAUCGAUGUCUCGCCCUGGUUAUGAACACAUGGCCAUCAGAAAAUUAUGAUGAAAGAGGAAUUAUCUACAGACAGACAUAUGUUGGCUUUGUCAGAACUAUGAUUGACAUCUUGUCCAAACGCAACCUUAAUGAACUCGUUGCUGAUGUCAGGUGGAGACAAGCUGUGGUGGAAGGCUUUUUAAUAAAAGCGGUCGCAUGGGACGUAAAGAUACACGAUCAAAUGAUCUAUUUGCUCACUGAAUACUUUAAUGAUCCAAAAUUGCUCAUCAAGUUAGGACCUCAAGUGGCCAUCCUAUCUGAUUGGGCAGAUAUGAUUGUGAUGAAUGGUCUGGUGGAUGAUAAGUAUAGGGAUUAUUUGAGAGAUGCUUACAUUUAUCUUGUUACAAAAUCACAAACUGUUCUAAAUGGUGAUUUUAAAAUCAUGCCUUCUGCAGUUAUCCAUUUCUGUGAAACAGGAAACACCUUUUCAUCCCAAGCACAACUUUAA